UAAGUUUCAUCUGCGAGAAAAGUAGAGAAGAAGCUGUGUUUAUCUGGGUAACCUAACCUGUUACCUGUUCAAUCAUUUAAUUUCUGUUUUGUUUUUGGUUGUGUUAAUACUGGAGCCAAUCAGAGUAACAUCACCGUGUAAGGGGCGGGACUAGUGGGACAGGUUUGUGUGAGGGUUAGUGAGCACGCAGGAGGAGAGAAAAGAGACGCUAAUAAUGAUAGAGAGUUAAUGACGGAGGCAUCGUGGUGUGGGAAGCAUUAAUGUUUUGUUAUGAAGGUCGACUACUUGUGGUCCUGACAAAACUUUGGUGUGACCUGCAAGAGGUGAAUAUGAUUGUGUAUGCCUGUAAUUUUGUGCUAUAUCGAACUGUUAUAGUUAAGAGACUGGAUGUAUAACGUGGUUAGCGACAUGCUAGCUAGCGGUAGCAUUCUGUGCCAAUGUGCUCAUAUGUUGUAGUUUUAGCAUUGUGAUAUCUCUGAAGUUAAAGCAAAGCUAACGCUAACGCUAAAUCAAUAAGAGAUAGUGUUUGAUAAUGUGGCUCAAUUCAGAUAAUAUGCUCUAAGGAGACGGACGUUGGUGAGAGAGAGACGGGUUUCCAACUGAGUGCCCUGCUGUUUCUGCCCUGCUGUUCUGCGUGCCCUGUUGCCGUCCUGUGACUUUUGGUGCUGUUUCUUCCUUUGCCAUUACCAUCGCCAUUACCAUUGUCUUUGCCGUACUGACUUAACCUGGAUUCGUGAGUACUAACAUCCACAUGCACGUGCUUUUUGUUUAUGCUCAGUUCUGAGUGAAGCGGCCAUUCCAGUUUUUAGGCCCCACCGCACACAAAGUGUCAUUGAACAGGCCUGCAACGAGUGUGGACAUUUUCAGAGGGAUUAAAUAAUUAUUUAAUUGCAAUAUAACCACAGAAAGGUUUUCUUUUGGGAAAGUGAAGCUUUAUUUGCUUGUAAGCUUUAUUUUCAAUUUUUUUUUCAUACCCCUGUGAUUUGUUUUAUUUUAUUCUAAGAUACAUUUAUUUUAUUUUUCAUGUUGUAAAUAAAUACUUUUGAAUAUUUUUGUAUCUAAAAUACAGUUGUGGUGGUCAUUAUAAGAACAACAAAGAGUAUUACAAAUACGUUUAUUAAGUAGCAUUCAAAGCAAGUUGUAUUUCCAAUACAACGAGCCCAGGCCCAGUCUCAUUGUAUUAACCACUCCAGCUUUAUUUUCUAAUUACAUGGGACCUGGGUUACAUAAAUGGAGGCACCGCUGGGAUGUAUUUAACAUAAACUACGAUUUAUAGACAGAGUACAAGCAACUAGACCCCACAACUUUUGAGCAUUAGUAUAAAAGUAACGUGCUAACAGUAACUAAAAGCAAUUUAAGUAAAGUACAGCAAUGGAAAGCCAAACAAGUAGUUCAUCACAACGUGAGCUAAUUAACUGGUGCAAAGGAGAAUCAUUAGAUUUAAAGCAUGCCCUCCUUUUACAAGGAGUGCCAGAAGGUGUUUCAAGAGAAGAUAUUGAAGAAACAGCAGGGACCAUCAAAGCAUUGGGAAAAGUUAAAGUGAGAGGCAAAAUGUUUCACCCUCAACAACAAUCAGUGAUGGUGCUAUGUGAGUGUCGUGAAGAGAUUGACCCCUCUAAAAUCCCACCUGAGAUAAUGCCUAUAAGUGAAGGAAGUGGUUGGAAAACUGUUUAUUACACAGAGCCUCAGUUUGAUAACUUUGAAGAGAAGCUACUUACCUUUUUGCAGAGCGAAGGGAGGACCUUAGAGGACAUACAAGGUCUAUGUCCCCCACCAAAGAGGGUAACAGCAACCCUGAAGACAUCAUCCGUGCGGUCGGUGAUGUUAUGAGCAGAACAAACAAACAACAUGACAGUCACCCAUACAGACGUCUGCGGACAUUCUCCGGGGUCAGUCCCACCCCAACCGGAGAAGAGACCUUAGAUAACUGGCUGGAACAAGCAACACUCUUAGUAGAGGAAGGUGAGUGCUCCGACAAAGAAAAACGACGUCGGAUACUGGAAAGUAUUAAAGGGCCCGCCUUUGAAAUCAUUCAAGCUGUGCGCCUGACUCAACCUGAUGCUAGCCCACGUGAGUACAUAAAGGCUAUAGAGAGCAUUUUUGGUACAGUAGAGUCCCCAGAAGAACUAUACUUGUCGUUUAGAGCCCUCCACCAACAGCCUGGUGAGCGUCUGUCUGAGUUCCUACGAAGAGUAGAAAAAUCCCUUGUCAAAGUAGUACAGGGAGGUGGUUUACCUGUUAGCGCUGCCAAUAGCGCUCGUUUAGAGCAGCUUCUUAGAGGGUCUACCUCUGAACUCAUGUUGCUUCAGUUGAAAAUUAGGGAGCGGAGUAGUAAUCCCCCUACAUUCUUGAACCUGUUAAGAGAAGUGAUAGAAGAGGAGGUUCGCCAGUCAGCCAGACAAAGCCAUGUGUCACACAUGCGUCCUCAGCGUGUACGCAUUGUCCAAGCUGAAAAGGAGAAAGAACCUGAAUCAGUCUCUAGGAGUGAACUGCAAGCUCAGAUUCGAGAAUUGAGAGCACAGCUAGAGCAGAGCAGCAACCUACCACCUCAGCCAACCUCUGAUGAAUCCUUUACAGGUCUGAAAGAGAAACAAAAACAGAAAAAAUGAGUCACAGAGUGAAUUACAAUCGCUAAGGAAACAAGUGAAAGCCCUAGAAAAUAAAAUGAGUGUAAUGGCAGUGAAAUACACAUCAGACCCCCCACGAGAACCCACACCCCAGCCUCACCGAUACAAAGCAGCUCCCGUUCACAAGCCCGCUCAUUCCAAAGUUUUUCCUCCCCGACAAGACAAGGAUGAGUUUUUCUGUUAUCGGUGUGGGGAAAAUGGCCACAUAGCCACCAGAUGUACUGCCCCUGAGAAUCUCCAGAAAGUUAUUAGAAAGCUCAUACGCUUGGUGCGAGUUUCCCCGUUACCAAACCAAGAGAACCCAAAUCCUGCAGCUGAAGAGCAGCAUGUAGCUAGAACCAAUAAGGUUGAAGUCUCAGAACCUAACACUGA